AUGGUAGGAGAACGUGUAGUUGUUCCCAAAGUUUAUCGCAAACGUCUCCUAAAAGAUCUUCACAAGGGACAUCCAGGAAUUGAACGAACAAAAUCUAUUGCUCGCGGUUAUGUAUUUUGGCCUGGAAUUGAUGAGGAUAUAAAAGCCUUUAUACAACAGUGUGGCCAAUGUGCCUCAGUAGCAAAAAUGUCAACGAAAACUGGGCUUAGUCCUUGGCCUACACCUGAAAACGCAUGGGAGCGCAUUCAUGUAGAUUACGGUGGCCCAAUUGAAGGAUAUUAUUUCUUGGUUGUGGUCGACGCCUUUUCCAAAUGGCCUGAAAUAGUUCCAACUAAGUCUAUAACCGCUCAGCAGACAAUAGAUAUUUUAAAUGAAAUAUUCUCCAGACAUGGGCUACCGCGCACAAUUGUUUCCGAUAACGGAACUCAAUUCAAGAGUACACCGUUUCAAGAAUUCACUACAUCUAGAGGUAUUCAACAACUUCUCUCCAGUCCAUAUUACCCGAUGUCAAAUGGGCAAGCUGAAAGAUUCGUGGACACAUUCAAAAGAGCGUUAAAAAAAACUACAUGA